CUACUGACCAAAAAAGUGUAGAUUUGGCGCCAUGCUUAAAAUUAGUUCUCGAAAUAACUAAAAAAGUUAAAAUGCAGCUAUUAUCGCUUGUGUUAGUUUUUUUGUUUGUUAAAAAAGUUUUGCUACUAAAAAUUCAUCCUGACGUUGGAUUAUCUUUUGCGGAACAAGUAAAACGACAUGGGUACCCAAUAGAUAUACACGAAGUAAUAACUGAAGAUGGAUACAUUCUAUCCUUAUUCAGGAUACCAUAUGGAAUUCGAGGAAACAAUUACCAAAACCGCACAGAAAAUAGAAGUGCCGUUUUGUUUUUGCACGGUAUGGGUGGAUUUCCAGCAAACUGGAUUAGUUUGGGUCCUAAAGAUUCACUGACUUAUUAUUUAGCAGAUAGAGGUUACGACGCUUGGAUUAUGUCAACACGCGGUGUCGACUCACCUCUUCAACGAAAACAUUUAUUAUAUGACUGGAAUGACGAUAUGGAAUAUUGGGAUUUCAGUUUACAUGAUAUUGGGGUAUAUGAUUUACCAGCCAAUAUCGACUACAUAAGAAAAUAUACAAAACAGGAGAGAAUAUUUUUUGUUGGACAUUCGGCGGCAUGUCCAGAAUUUUUCAUUAUGAUGUCAGAGAAGCCGGAAUACAAUAAUAAAAUAAAAAUUGGAACGAUCUACGGAGCAAGUCCGAUCCUGAAGAAACUUGAUUAUCCAAUGGUGAUACUUGGUAGCCAAUUAGUAGAUGUUGUUAGGGAGAUGUAUAGUUUACUGACUAGUGCAUCAUUUAGUAGACUCUCAAGUAGACAAAUCCUUCAGUAUCUAGAUAAUUUGAAAACAGGGGAGUUUAGGCAGUAUAAUUAUGGUUCAAAAAUAAAUAAGAAAUUAUAUGGAACUAAAGUACCACCAAAGUAUAAUUUAACCAGAUGUGAAACUGCAGUAGCUUUUUUCUCAAGCACAAGCGACAGUUUUUGUAUUUUAGAGGAUCUCUACGAAUCUAUGAACGAAAUUCCAAACGUUAUUUUACAUUACCAAAUUCCCUUCAAGAGGUUCACUCAUAUUGACUUUGUCUUCGGCAGGAAUUCCACAUAUUUAGUUUACGAACCAACUUACAGGCUGUUCAAAGAUUUUGACGAAGGAAAAGUACCUUCUAAGAGAGGGAAAAAGUAUAUAUUUAGUAAUUAA